AUGUACUAGAAUUAAUAUUAGCAACCUCAAUAAUAGUAUGGCUAUAAUUAAGGAUAGUAAGGAUAAUAAUACAGUUAAGCAUACUAGCAAUAACCUUACUAAUAGUAAUAAGGAAGUCCUUACUAACAAUAAUAAAACUAUCCAUAAGGAUAUGGAGCUUAAUAAUAAGCAUACUAAUAGUAAUAAUAAGGCUAUGCAUAAUAAUAAGGAUACCCUGCAUAGAAUUAGCAAUACUAUCAAGAAGAUUAUGAUAGUUUGCAGUAAUAUUAAGAUAAUUUCAAUAGUGUUUAGCCUAGAACUCGUUUAGAAAGAGAAGCUAUGAAAGAUAAAGAAUCUAUAGAAAAAACUAGAAUCAAUUAGAGAGUUGGAUAUGAAACUAGAAAUACUGAUGUAAAACAACUUCUUCAUAAUCCUGAUCCAAAAUCCACUUUGUUUAUUCCAGAAAACUAGAGAUUUGAUAAAGAUUUUAGCGUUUUUGAUAAACAGUAGAGAGAUUAAAGAUUCGCAACUAAAGAAGUCGCUUUAGAAAAACAUAGAAUUGAGGCUUUAGAAAGAGAGUCAAAAAGAUGGGAGUAAAUGGAAAACUAAGUAAAUAAAGAAUAAGUUAAAAGACAAUUUUAAGCAGAAGUGUUAAAAGCUGGAAAAAGAAAUACUAAUGGUAUGCCAUUUAAUCCUAUAACUCUAGAAUAUGAAAAAAGUAGUGCUGGUGAUUCAUUAAAAAAGAGAGAUGAAAUGGCUAAAGUUAGAGGAUAUGUUAGGGCAGAAAAUUUAGAUACUAGAAGUAAUUGUGGCUACAAUAUUUUAACAGGUGAAUAAAGAAUUGGAGUUGAAUAUUUAGUACCUAAUCAUCUAAGAGAUGACUACAAAACUAAAGUAGAUUUAAAGAAUGAAUUUUAUAGCAUCAAAUAUAAAGGUGAAUAGCAAAAUUAAUAAAACUAAAAUAAAUAUUAUUGA